AUGCUCAUCCUGUACGACGAGGAAGACUUCAAGCUGGGCUCGACCAAGAAGGCCUUUGGCGACCGCGCCGUGCUGCAGAUGGUAUACGUGCGCACCGACAUGCUGGGCAGCGACAAGAUGAAGGCCUACGUCAAGGCCAAGGACGGCGAGCCGGAGCCCAUCGUGUCGGGCAAGCCCAAGCACUGGGUGUACAACCACUACGUGCCGCACGGGCGCAUCAUCAAGGCCAUCGAGGACGUCAUCGUCAACAAGAUGAUGACGCGCGCGCAGGUGCUCGCGUGGCUGGAUAGCGUGACGAAGGCGCUCAAGAUCGAGCCCGACGAGUUCCUCAAGCAGGUCCAGAACCCGCUGACCAGCCGCCCGGCCUUCGACGUGUGGGUCGACUGGGCGGCGGCGGCCAUCUGCGACUGGCGCGAGAACAUGUUCUACGGCCCCGGGACGGGCGACGGCGCCGGCACGCGCAUCGACUCGCCGUCGGGCGGCGCCAACAGCGCCGCCCAGCUCGCCCGCGUCAAGCUCGGCGCCGCAGAGCUCAAGAAGAACCUGCCGAGGCUCAGCCUCGCCGACCACAUCCCCAACGAGGAAUUCGAGUACUCGGCCGACGAGGGCGACGAGCAGCGCGUCGCCGCCCCUAAGGGCGACCAGUGGUGGGAGGCCCUCAACAAGACGUGGAAGGCCAAGGACGACAAGAAGGACCCCAACUGGAAGCCCGGCGACGACGACGAGUGA